UUCAACGGCCCAUUUUCUCUCUCUUCUCUCUCCCUCUCUCCCUCUCCCUCUCCCAAUUCGAUUCAGCUCCGCAUUUCGAUUCUACUGAGAAAUCGGCGACAAGGGUUCGAUCGCAGUCAUCGAAAUAUUCAAUUUUCCGUGUCAAAAAUUCCUCCUUUUUCCCGAAAAACCAGUCGUCACGCGGAAAUCAAUUUUUCACUGAAAAAACGGAAGUCUCUGUUGUUCUUUUGUGUCGUCUUCAAGCUCUCAGCACCUCCAUUUUUGGGAGCUUUCAGGUGGUUUUUUGAUGCCCUCAAGGUGGGGUUUGUAAUAUUCAAGAGACCUCGUCGAUUGUUGCUUCUGACAUGUUUCUAUUUCUGUUUGGUAGCAAUUGUUCUGUCCCGUGUCUUCUGUUUGGUACCCAACAAUGGGGAUUGCUGAUGGGUUUUCCUCUGAUCGUCAGAUUCCGUGGAGUCUGCCGGUUUCUAGGUUGGGGUUCGUUAAGGUUCUUGCCUCUUGGAGUCUCAUAGGCAGCGGUCCGAGAAGUAGAAUCUCCGCAGCAGGCACAAGUGAUUUGAAUCUUCGGUAUCAUUGAUAUCGACGAUAUCGAGAACGUGAAAACAUAUUUUUGAAGGAUUCUGUUUCGAAAGGUUUGAGGUUGUUCAGAUUAAUCGCCUCCUCCCGAGGCCGGAAAUGGAGCAAUUCCGGCAGGUCGGGGAGGUCCUAGGAAGCGUGAAGGCCCUGAUGGUUCUCCAAGACGAGAUCCCAAUCAACAAGAGGCAGUGCUGCCUCCUCCUUGAGAUCGUCUCCUUAGCCUUCACAUUGAUCUCAACUUCUAUAAAGCACAACCUGAGGCUCGAGGAGAAGAACACGACCAAGUGGAAGGCCCUUGAUCAGCCCCUGAGGGAGCUCCACAGGGUGUUCCGAGAGGCCGAGGUUUAUAUCAGGCACUGUAUGGACUCGAGGGAUUGGUGGGCCAAGGUUAUUAGCCUCCACCAGAACAAGGACUGCGUCGAGUUUCAUGUCCAUAACUUGCUCUGUAAUUUUCCAGCUGUUGUGGAGGCCAUUGAAACUGCAGGUGAGAUCUCGGGCCUUGAUCCCGAUGAGAUGCAAAAAAGAGGGGUCUUGUUGAGGAAGAAGUAUGAUCGAGAGUUAAACGACCCCAAGGUUUUUGCUUUGAGAUUCGGGGAGCAAUAUUUGGUGACCAAAGAGCUGUGCAAGCGAUUUGAGAGCGCUUGGAGGGAGGAUAGGUGGCUCCUCAGUGAGGCUAUUAAGGAGAGGAGGAAGGAGGAAUCAAAGAACGAGAAUCGGCUUGGAGAUUUUAUGCUCAAGAAACUCAACGGAUCUCCCUCGGGAACUAAUGACGCUAUGCUUUCUUCGAGCUCGGUGCUUAUUGGAUCGAGGGACUAUCAGGUGAGGCGACGGCUGGGAGGCGGGUCCCAGUUCAAGGAGAUCCAGUGGCUAGGGGAGAGCUUCCUGAUGCGGCACUUGAUCGCAGAGAUCGAGCCUCUGAAACCUGAGAUUCGAACUUUGCUUUCCCUUUCCCACCCUAAUAUACUCCAAUACCUGUGUGGGUUCUGUGAUGAUGAGAGAAAGGAAUGCUUCUUGGUCAUGGAGCUGGUGAGCAAGGACCUCUGGACCCACAUCAAGGAGAGUUCGAGCCCGAGGAGGCGGAGUCCACCAUCGAUCCCUCUGAUAGUUGAUAUCAUGCUCCAGAUCGCAAGAGGAAUGGAAUAUCUCCACUCAAAUGGAAUCUUCCACGGGGACCUCAACCCAAAGAAUGUUCUCCUCAAGUCGAGGAGCUCUCUGGAAGGCUAUUUCCAUGUAAAGGUCUCGGGUUUUGGGCUAUCCUCCGUGAAGGACAAGAAUACUUGCAGCUCGCCGAGUCACGACACGACCAACUUGAUAAAUCCUUUCAUUUGGUAUGCUCCAGAAGUUCUGGCAGAAGAAGAAAAGCAAGGAAGCAUAAGUUCAUCAUCAAGUAAGACCAAGUACUCCGAGAAAGCCGAUGUGUACAGCUUCUCAAUGAUCUGUUUCGAGCUUUUGACGGGGAAAGUACCCUUCGAGGAUGGGCACCUUCAGGGGGACACGAUGGCCCGAAACAUCAUAGCAGGGGAGCGGCCUCUCUUCCCCUUUGCAUCACCAAAAUUCUUGGUCAACUUGACCAAGAAGUGUUGGGCAACCGACCCUGCCUCCCGCCCAAGCUUCUCGUCAAUCUGUCGUAUCUUGAGGUAUAUCAAAAAGUUUUUGGUGAUGAACCCGGAGUGUGAUCAGCAGCCUGAGCUCAUGAUCCCUUCUGCCGACUUCUGUGACAUUGAGAACGGGUUUCAGAAGAAGUUCCUAGCAGCAGCAGAUACUGGGAAUCUCAGUGCAACGCUGGUUUCACAAAUUCCAUUCCAGAUGUUCUCUUACAGGAUUUCUGAGAUAGAGAGGACUCAGAGAAGGAGUCCUAUCGUGAGCGAGUCCACAAGUGAUGCGGGCUCAUUUUGCAGGGAGGAGAACCUCUCUGUGAUUGAAGAUCAUCAAUUACCGCUAGUGAGUGACACGAGGUCCAUUUGUUCUGAUUUUGUCGACAAGAGAUCAUUAUCGUCUAAGAGAGCUUCAAUCUUGGUACCGAAGAAGAAUCUGAGGGAAGAUCGCCGUCCAAGAGAAGUUAGGUCAGUCUGCUCCGAGAUCCCGGAGAGAAGAGCUGUUCCUACAAGGAAACUUGCUACAGUUAAGACCAGAAAAGUAUUUGCUUCAGCACCAGCAAAAGCGCCAGAUAAGAGGACAUCAAGAUUGAAUCCAACUCCAACUAUAAGAAAGAGCAGCAGCAACUUGACAGUGAUGUUAAGCCAAGAAGAGAAGAACCAAAAAAAGACACGGGACCAUGUCUCCGACUCCGAGGUACAGUAGAAGCUUAAGCAUUUGGAGGACUCCCACUUCAGCUUCUUUCUGGUCAUUCAUAGAUCUUUCUGCUAAUGAGAAAAGAACAAAAAGGCAAAACCGAAAACAAGAAGGAGAAAAGGGAAAGAAAUCCCGGAAGUCGGGUCUCUUUGUUUUUUCUUUUUAGAAAUCGUCGAAGAACAGGUCUUGAUUCUCAUUAGGUCAUUGUAGAAUGAUUACAUCGUUAUGGGAUAGCUUUGAUGUUCGAGUUUUGUGAAGGGCUAUAAAUGUUUUGUAUGUACCAGAAGUCAUUAGUUUUAUGUGUACGAGAGUUUUGGGUGUUUCGGCUCUAUCCUUUCAACCUUAGUAACAGAACUGUAGAAUUUGUAAUGCAUUUUCA